GAUAUCAACCCUGCUUUGUUAUCGGCAGACGCCCGUCACUACGAAAAUCAACAAACAACGACGCCGCGCAAUAAUUCGAAACUUCUUGGAACUAUUGAUUAACUAAGGAAAAAGGAAUACAUAAUUCUGAAAAAGAUGAGCAACAAGAGCACUCCAGUGCGCCAACGCAUCCAGCAGUUCCAGACACGUGGUCCGCACAAAUCGACGCCGGCGUCGGUUGGCAGUGGUCUGCGGAAAAAAGUGCUGAUGACGCGAACGGAGGAGCGGGAUCGGGAUCGUCCGGAUCAGCUAAAUACGGCCUUCAAUGGAGGCACUCCGCAACCGAAACCCAAGCCCACGGCCCUAAAUGCCUGCUACACACCCUCGUCGCUCUACAGGAAUAGCAACACUCCCGGGAGAACCAAGACUCCCGGCACCGGAAAAUCUAGUUGCAGCCGGGUUAAGGAACGCGACUCCCUGAUGGAGUCCUGCCUCAGCGUUUCCGAGGAUAGCAACAUGAUUGUGGCGGUUCGGGUACGGCCACUAAACGCCCUGGAGUGCACACGUGGUCAGGUCACCAAUGUGGUCCAAGUCAAUGGCAAUAGCAACGAGUUGACGGUUCAGGCCGGCAGCAGUGCCGAUUCUUCGGCCGGCGUGACGCACUUCUUCAGCUACGACCAGGUCUAUUACUCCUGCGAUCCGGAGAGGAAGAACUACGCCUGCCAGGCUAAGGUUUUUGAGGGCACAGCUCGUCCGUUGAUCGACACCGCCUUUGAGGGCUACAAUGCCUGUUUGUUUGCCUACGGGCAGACGGGUUCGGGCAAGUCCUACAGCAUGAUGGGCAUCGAGGCGCUGGACGAUGCCGCUCUGGAUGGUGGACCGCCGCACGAUGAGGCGGGCAUUAUUCCCCGUUUCUGCCACGAGCUAUUCCGGAGAAUAGAGGCGGUGAAAAGGCAGGAGCAGCUGCAAGUAGAGGUGGAGGUUAGCUACUUCGAGAUUUACAACGAAAAGAUCCACGAUUUGCUGAGUGUCCAGCAUGCUACCGCUGCAUCCGGGGAAUCCACUCCUGUCCAGCAACAACUGCAGCGACCGGCUUUGAAGGUGCGUGAGCACCCCAUCUUUGGACCCUAUGUUGUCGAUCUGAGUGCCCAUUCGGUGGACUCGUAUUCGGCGCUCCGCAACUGGCUGGCAGUGGGCAACUCGCAGCGAGCCACUGCCUCUACGGCAAUGAACGACAAGAGCUCUCGCUCGCACUCCAUCUUUAACAUCGUCCUGAACCUCACCGACCUGAGCAGCGAUGAUGGUCUGUCCUCGGACACGGAUUCCGGCACGGUAUCCUCACUCCGGCAGACGCGGCGCAGCAAGAUCAGUCUGGUUGAUCUGGCGGGCAGCGAACGCAUCAGUGUCUCGGGAUCUAAUGGCGAGAGGAUCCGCGAGGGCGUCAGCAUAAACAAGAGUCUGCUGACGCUAGGGAAAGUCAUUGCUGCUCUAGCUGAUUCCCGCAAAGCUGGCGGGAAUGGACCCCUGGGAUCCGGAACACCCAGCACGUUUGUCCCUUAUCGGGAAAGCGUGCUCACCUGGCUUCUGAGGGAAAACCUCGGUGGGAAUUCGAAGACAGUCAUGUUGGCCACCAUAUCGCCGGCCAGCCUGCACGCAGAUGAGACCCUGGCCACUUUACGGUACGCCUGUAAGGCGCGUUCCAUCGUCAACCGGGUGAAGGUGAACGAAUCGCCACAUGACAAGAUCAUCCGGGAUCUGCGCGCCGAAGUGGAUCGCCUGAAGUCGCUGAGGAAUGAGUACGAACGCCAGCGGCGUUUAUCCGGCAAUAAUAACAACCCAGUGCCACGAAAGAUCAUUAUCGAAACAUCGGUGGAUGACACUGAGGUGGAGGCACUGCGUCAACAGCUGGCUGAGCGGGAAAGGGAACUUAAUCGGGCUCAGAAGUCCUGGAUGGAGAAACUCAAGGAGGCGGAAGAUCAGCGCAAGUCGGAGCUGCGAGUCCUGAAACGUCGAGGUUUGGCUCUGGAACUUACCGCCGAGCAGAAGCAGGCCUGUCUGGUGAAUCUAACCGCAGACCCUAUACUGAGCGGCACGUUGUUCUACCUUCUGCCGCAAGGACUCGUCCGCAUAGGUCGAGGUCGUCUGCCAGGAGGAGGUGCCAACUCACAGCCGGAUAUAGUACUGGAUGGUCCACUUGUGGCUCUGCAGCACUGCAGCAUCGAGCACGAACGUGGUGGCAAGUUAUAUGUCAUUCCCGGCAGCGAGGACUUUGAAACCUACGUAAACGGAGAACUCCUGCAGGAUCGCCGUCAGCUGUUCCAUGGUGAUCGUCUGGUUAUCGGUGGCUCACAUUAUUUCCGCAUAUCCAAUCCCUUUUGCUCGCAAAGAAGCAAGGCGGAGCACCCGGUGGACUUCCAGUUGGCACACCAGGAGAUCCUGCAAAAGCAGGAGCAGCAGUUGCGAUUGGAAUUGGAGGCGGAAAAGCGAGCUGCUCUGACUCGCAUCGAACAGGAGCGGGCUCAGCAUGCCCGGGACUUUGAGGAGCGGCUGCAGUGCCUCGAACUGGAGCAGUUCAAGUACAAGUGCAACAGCGAGAUGUUAGAAACAGAGCGCCAAGCUUUGGCAUUGGCCCAGCAGCAAGAGCAUACGCCUCUUAGGCAGGAGGACGCAGAAUCGACGCCAGCCCAAAAAUCCACCAUCCUAGAGGACAUCCAACGCAUCAUGCUGAAUCCCUCGGAGGAAAGUCUUCACAAAACACAGCUCAUGGUAAAGGAGGCCACCCAACGCUGUCGCCAGUUAGACCUGUCUUUGGAGUUCCGACAAACGCAGACACCUGAUGAAUUUGGCCUCCUGCGCACGGUAAUCCUGAUCCUGGACAAGCAGCGUGGCCUCAAAGCCGAGUGGCCCACUGCCAGAUUGGGUGUGUGGUUGGAUUUGGUCAGAGAUAAUGCAGAGCAGCCGGAGAAACUUAAUGCCAAGACCAUUUUUCAGAGUGUCGAGGUUGACUGGGAGCCACUGGAUGUGGAACUCAACGAUACCUUAAGCGACACCCAUAACUCUAGUCGCAUCGCCUUAAACUUGAGCGCCAUGAAGGAUGUGCUGUUGAAUAAACCGCUGAAGAGGCUACUAAAUGUGUCCAGCAGCAGCAAUACACCUUCGCCGGGCAGCCAGCUGGUGCAGUACACCAAACGCCUGCUGACGUACGAUCCCGAGGAGACGCCGGGCAACCAGAAUAGUUUCACCGCACUCGUCCACCAUGAGCUGCAGAUGAUGCAGCGAUCCGCCCAACGCCUGCAGAGGCACUGCGAGAGAGCACUUCAUGAACGGGAGAAUCAACAGGACAGCGGUGCCCUAGCCGUCAGCAUGCAGGAGGCACUGUCUCAACUGGACAUCGUGUUAAACGGAAUGCACACUUCAUUGGCUCGAGCGGAGGCCACUGCAAAUGUCACCUCGCCAACGAAAACACAGAAGGCAGUGCGCUUUCUUAUCGAUUGACGGAUGAUUAGUUCGCACCUUGAACUAGAUUUUAUGCUGCAAUGUGCUUUGUGUUUGUUUUUAUGUUUUUAAAUAUAUAUAUAUUUUGUA